GUCUUGCUACAACAAAUACAAAUCACAUUAUAAAUCAUGAAUUUGAUGUUAUCAAGGAUAUUCUGUUGCUGACCAUGGGCGAGGUUCAUCAAAUUUUCGUAUGUGGGGGGUCUAUCUGCUGGUCAAGAGUCGUGACACACUACACAAUAUGUAAGAUAGUCUUAUAGUAGUAACCAUGUCUAACACAUCUGAAAAACGUAUUGUUUCAUAUUUUCUUACUGAAUCACAAGAGAAGAGCAUUAAGCUAUUGUUUAGAACAAAGAAAUGGAAAAUUAAAAAACCAACAAACGAUGUAAUCCUCAAUAGUAUUGCAUUCAGUGAACAAUCAUCUGAACAUAUGACAAUAGCAGCAUCACAACCAUCAGACCCUGAAGGUGAUGAUGAGGAUGAUACAAAUGAAACAAGAUCCCCAUAUUGUCUUCAGGACCCAUGCAUCACUGAUGAAUACAAUGCACAGAGUUCUUGGUGGCCUGAUACUCCACAUCAUCCACAUGAUAUAAAUAACAAAUUUAGAAAGGUGGCCUACAAAUCCUUGUGGAAUAAUGAAAGAAUGGGCUUUAGAGGAAUACCCCAACCUAAGAGAACUAAUUAAUUGUAGAAGGGAACUUUUGCCAAAUUGUGUGGUCCAUAAGGUGAGGGAGUGGUAUCCCAACAGAGAAGGUGUUCCAUAUAUGGGCCAUAUGUGGGAAGAAGCAUACUAAACAAU